CAUUCGGAAUCGGUGCUGAAGUGGGGGGAUGGACGGAAGAACGGCGGCGAUGGACGUUCCGCGGCGAAAUCCCCAUUGACGAUGCCUUCGGGACGGCGUCGGGACACCGUCGUGUGCGCACCCACCACCCUGGGACACUGACAGUCCGACACAAAGCGAUGCUGUACUUUCAAGUCCUCAAACGACCCAUUCGCUGAGAUUGGAGGAAGCCCAGAGGGCUAGACAGCAAGAGAAACCAAAGGAGCAGGUGUGAACUGAGGGAAGAUUUCAGUGACCAUCUCAGGUCAGGGAUGGUGAAACCACUAAGUGCUGUUGCUGUUGGUAAAAAAGGACCUCCUCGCCUUGCCCCGAGUCACCCGCCAGCAACACAGGCAGUCCGUUAGCCAAUCAGACGCUCCGCCGAGCGGCCCCCGCUAUCAUCCAGCAACCGAUUACCUCACGCCAUGACCACUCUGUCAGAACUGCUUUCAAGAACUCACUAAUUCAUGCCCCGGAGUGUGAGUGGAGUGGAGAUGAGAAAAAGGCAGGCGGCGCACAUCGAGGCCCCACCACAGGUCCCCGGACAGCCCCGACCCAACACCUGCUGUCUCUGCUGGUGCGGCUGCUGCAAGUGUCUCUGGAGUGAAGACAGGAUGGAGAGAAGUGAACGGCAGACCUGCACCAAGAUGGACAGUAUUGAAACUGCAGAAGAACACAUGUCCCACCGCCGCCACAGACACCCAAGUCUCGACGAGGUGCUGUCGUGGUCUCGGAGCUUCGAGAUGAUGCUGCGCUCGCUGGAGGGCCGGGAGAUCUUCCGGGAGUUCCUGAGGUCGGAGUACAGUGAGGACAACCUCCUCUUUUGGUUGGCAUGCGACGAUCUGAAGAAGGAGACGGAUCCGUCGGUGGUGGACGAGAAGGCCAGGAUCAUAUACGAAGACUACGUGUCCAUACUGUCGCCGAAAGAGGUGAGUCUGGACUCGCGGGUGCGUGAGGGCAUCAACCAGAGCCUGGCCGAGCCCAGCAGCCUGAUGUACGAGGAGGCGCAGCUCCAGAUCUAUACGCUGAUGCACCGAGACUCCUUCCCCCGCUUCCUCAACUCAACCGUUUACAGAGACCUCCUCGCCGACCGGAGGCGCACCUGCCUCGACACCUAAAGACCCGCGCCCCACCUUACCCUCAACGCCCUCCAUCGAGACUACUACGUCAACUAUGGUGCCAGAAGUCCGGUUUGGAAAAAAAAAAAAACUCUCUCUAGAUUGCAAAAAGACUGAUUGAUAUCCGAGAUAGCUAGUUAUUGUUCUUUUUUUUUUUUUUUCUCGAGCAAUUUCUAGCCGGUGACAUGCGUUUGCUGAUUGCUUUUAGGUCAAAUUUGACGAGGCCGCCGUCGCCGGCCGCUGAUUGUUUUCGUGAGCGCAGAUGUCUUGAUGGUCACGUUAGACUGUGGACUCCUCAGGACCAGGAAGAAAGAGAGAGAAUGUGAGAGAGAGAAUGGACAUGCCAACUAUUCCUGUACUGUAAUAAUUACACCUCACUUUUAAUUUCUAACCCAUUCUUUCCCCCACAUAUCAUUCUGAGCUAAUGAGAAGAAGGCUGUCUCAUGCCAACGACUGCAACCAUUUUAAACCGUUUUUUUAAUAUAUUUUUUUUUUUCAGAAUAGGCUUCCUAGGAAGGAAAAACAAGAAGAGUUCUAAUAACCUUUAUUGGAACGGAGGCGUCCACAUUAAAGCAGCACCUGUCCUGAUUCCAUCCAUCUCUCCGUCCAUCUGAGCACUUUCCUUCUUUACGUGGGCGAAGUAAGGGCUAGACUUGUGGUUGGGCAGCUACAUGUAACUCAACAAUGCCUUCACACGUGUUUUGCAUAGACAAAAAAAGGCAGCACAAGCGGCGCUGCUGGAGGUUUCCCCCCCACCCCCUCUCGGAAAGCAACCACAGUUAAUCCCGACAAUCCCCUUCUUCCCCCCCCCUCCUCCUGCUUCCCAUUCGCACCCUCAUAGCCUGACAAGCACAGGUAAAAAAAACAAAACAAACGCUGUCGUAGUCGUCUUCUACAUUCAGGCACUGACGCGGUUGGGAUAACGAAACCCCGGCCUUUUCCUGUAAGGCUUUAUUACGACGUCUGCAGUGCCGCGGGUGCCAAACAUGAUGUCAACGGCGCUAAAGAGGAGAGUCUGCGAGUUUUAGCCAGCCAACUUUUAGUUAGCCACAAUGCUAACAUGCCCUUGUGGGCGCUAGAGUCGGUUGCUAAGUUAGCAUGACUCUGCGCUCUACACACUCUUUGGUCUACUUUUAUUAAAACAUUUAAAGAAAAAAAAUCUGACUUUGAACGCAUGAUAAGGUGUCGCUUUAAUGAAUUUAGAGGACAAAAUGGAGGGGCGGGCUCUUGCCAAAUGUCGCGGUAUAAAAAAGUUUCCGUCCCACUCGACCUGUGGAUAUACAGCAGAAAGUGCAUGACUGAAGUAUUAUGCUAUUAUUUUUUGUUUGUUGAAUUCAUUCUGAUUAUUAUAUUAACGGAUAGAUGAUGAUGUAUCGAUCAGGUCCUAAAGUUUUAGCGAAAACUGUGUCACUACUCGUUGAUAUAUGGGAGGACUCGGCGUUGCCACCUAUGUAUCUAACUACCUGACGUUGACGUGCCAAGUUUUGGUCGAGAGCCAUUGUAAGACAGGAUAGCAAAAAAAGUGCCAUUGGAUGUACUGUAGUAAGCCUAGUUAGCAAUUGUGUCUCUAUCUUGCUAGGCUAGAUUUUAGACUGCCAGAAGGACUCAAAAUUAGGGAUGGGCAUGAAAUUUCCUUGAUCCACCAUGGGUAAAACUAAUAACUUUUAAAUAUUAGUAAUGAGAUGGGAAAAUGGCUCUUGGAAUGUUCUGAACUCCUGUUUCCAUGCCAGUGUCGUAUUGAGCAUAGUUCUGAGUGGUUGUAGCUCAACGUCCAAUAGCUGACGUCAUUUGUUGUUGUUCACCUUCUUUAGACAGCGAACUAGAUGAGAGGGAAUAUAAAGCUCCUCUUCUGGUUGAGUUGCUUCAAGACACCAUAAAUCAAUUCUGCGCCACCCUAACAAUCAGUGAACAGAUUAUUAUGCCCAUCCCAACUCAAAAUACAUUUGUUACUGGAUGAAUUGCAGUGGAACCUCUAAAAGCGGUACAAUUAGGAGUUCAACCCCCCCGCCCCCCAAAAAACGUAAAAUUUAUGCCUCAAAAGUAAAUGUAUAUAACGAUGUUAUGGCAAUAGAUUACAUUUUUACGUGAAUUUGCAUCCCCAUAUGUUCAAAUUUGAGUUAAUCCCACCAAGUGUUUUGCUUUUUCUUAAACUUUUUCUUUUUGACAGACUUAAUUAAUUCCAGCAAUACCUUUAAAACCACUAGGUGACAGUAUCGCUCUGCAAAUACCUUCCUGCUGUGUCAGCCUUCAAAGGUGAGUACUUUUACUUUAUUUUAGUUGUAUUUUACAGUGGUUCUCUUUGACGGUUUGGAAUUUUAAACUGUUCCUUAAUACAUAGCUUAAAUGUUUUUAAGCUUGGAACAAAUGAAUUCCCUUGACAUUAUUUGGAAAAUUGUUUUUGACGGAUUGAGUUCCGCAUUGGAGGUUCCGCUGUACAUUCAAACGCACUAUUCGUCAUUGUUAUCAGCCAGUGGAGUCAAUAGAAGCAUUGUUUUUUAAAUGAAAAAAAAUAACUUUACGACAAAAGCUUUUUUAUCCAGAGUGAAAUGAAUACAAAGGCUUCCUAUGGCCUAUGAGUUCCUCUAAAGAACUAUAACAUAUUUAACGUUUGGCAAUACAUGCAGGCGGCCACAUUAAUGAUGGAUAUUGCUUCGCUGUGCAUGCAUGGGUCCAGUUGAAUCAUGAUAAUAACUGAGCUUUUUUUUCCAUUUUAGGGGGGGAAAUAAGAUUUUUGCCGAAUCUUUUAAGCACAUCUUAACGCAAGAAUGUUUCACCGUCAAGCAGAUAAAUAAUGGAAAAAAUAAACAUGGUGCAAUUGAAAUCAAGUUUACAUUUAUAAAUAAACAGUGAGUUUAUGCACGUGGUGCUGCCAUGUUCGAGUCGGAAGGUUCUAGAAUUGGGAGAGUUGUUUUCUCGUCCGGCGUCCUUUUUUUCUCCCCCGUUUAAUUUAUUGUGACUUUUACACAGCAAAGGCGUUUGUUUUGUGUUGAAUAACUGUGGAUCUUACGCGGUGGCGCGUGGCCAUUUUCGCUUUAUUUUAUUUUUUUAGAGAGCUGAAGACUCCUGACGGGAAACGGAAGGUUUGCGAAGUUUUGGCCUUACUGACACAUUUGUUAUUAUUAUUAUUAUUAUUAUUAUUAUUAUUUUUCCUUUUGAAGAAAACAAACAACAAGCGUCUCUGUAGGCUUUUCACUACCUCUCAUGUUGGUUAAUUUAUUUCACAUCUAGCUGUCAGUGUUUUUUUUUUUUUUUUAUUUUGUUUUAUUUUUAAGAUUCUACUUGAAGCCUAACACUGUAAACUAUAAAAUGUGCACAGACAAAAAUGUAUAUGAGCGACGGCAUGUGGGGACAGGGGUGCGUUCAAGAGAGCUUAGCCGAGACAUUAGUUUGUUGUUGUUUGUUAUUUGUCUGUUUUAUUUCGAUUUUGAAGUAGAAUUUUUGCAUCUCUAUUAAUAAUUCAGGAAAACCACUGUCUAAGGGCUAAUCCCAUUUUUGCCUAUGCAAAUGUGUUUUGGGGAGAGGGCGAGGUUCUACCCGGACCCAUUUAAAAGAUGGACCAUGGUUUACAUUGCCCUUUGCUGAUGUCUUUCAAUCUCACUCAGCAAAAAUGAACGCUAAUUAUUUUUGUUUCUAUAUAUUAAUAUCAUAUGAAUAACUAUAUAAAACAAGUAAUAUACAAAGAAAAUAGUAUAUGCCUUCGUGAUGAAAAAACAAAUAAAUGUGUUUGUUCUCUGACAUUAUGUGGAUGUGUGCUGGCGUCUUGCGAAGAACAGUAGCUAGCCUUGUGUGCUAUUUAUGAAUGGAGGGGUUUUAUUUGUAAAAACAAACAUAAAAAUUUGACUUUUUAGUGCCCAUAUCCAGCACAUAUCUCUUCAGUCAUUUUUGCAUCCAUGAAAUGUUUGGGGUGCUGAAAUGUGCGAACAACAAGCUUGCAAAAUCAAGUUCAUGUGAACUUUUGAUUUCAUGUUUAUCUGUGAAAAGAGGCAGUUUCUUUUUUUAAUGCAAAUUAAGAGCAUGUCAUCUUCGAUCUAUGACCUUCAAACAUCUGUUUUUUUGGUUUUUGGGCCACAUCCUCCCCAACAAUCACUGUGUUGAUGCAGUAACAUUGCUGAGGGAGCGCAACCAUUGGAAGUGGGUUUCUUUUUUUCCGUUUUUAUUUCAAUUAAUACGUAAAAUGCGUCAAUGAUGGCGAUCGUUCACAUAGCUAGUUUGAUCCACUUGUUAAAAAUCUUUGUGAUGAGGUUUGAUUUUGGGCUUUACCGAUGUCAGAAAUCUCUCGGGCAGGUUUUAUCCAUUAGCGCAAAAUGCAGUUUCUCGACGUUAGUGUACGGUGCCUCGUUUCUGUUUCCCCGAGACCUCAAAAUCAGUCGCUUUUAUUUCUCGUGCUCUCGCUUCCUCUCUUGGUGACAUGCAAUACCACCAAUCGCAGGCAGAGCGGCGACAUUCCUCCACCGUUACAAUUUUGAUGUCCUCCCUUGGCUGGUGUGUGACAAACGGAUUUUAGGCGAUCACUUUUCUCUUUAUUGAUUUCGAUGCCUAAGCCUCUUUAGUCAAGAGAUGAUUGAAAAAUGUGACGGAAACCGAGAACUUUAAAAACAAAUUGCUGAUGGGGAACGGGUUUUUUUUCUAUUUGAGCAUGCUUUUUGCUAAAUAAAUAAAAUAAUUCAGUUAUUUGCUACAAACGAUACUGUAUGAGUAUGUAUUCAAGUACUGCAUUAUGCAGACAAUUAAAAAAACGCUUUUGAGUGUUUCAAUAUUUUUCUCACGAAAGCGUACUUGAUUCUUGAGUGUCACAUGAUAAAAAGUUGCCUCUUUGUGCGAAGGUCAGCAGUUGGUCCGUUUGCAUGAGUUUGUCCACUGGUUGCUAGAUGACGUCAGACCGUGACAAAAUUCUUAAACAGCGUAGGGCAGACAACCACAUUGGAACAACAAACCAACUUUUGGCUACUGUUUUAAUGACCCGAAAACAACUUCUUACCUUUGACUUCUUGAAAGAAGUUAGACCGACAGCAACGUUGGACCAAAACAACGGCAGCCUGACAAGAACUUUUUCAAUGAUGUCGGACAGAAAACGACUGAGCAAUGUCAGACCGACACCGUCUUCUUACCAUCAACACAGACCUCUUGCCAAAGACCUCUUUUACCACACAAAACAGCUUCUUACCGAUGACUAUAACAAAGUCGGACAAACGCUGACUUCUUCCCAAAAAUGACUGACGUUGGCCCGACGCAGAUUUCUUAUCUUUGGCAAAGACCUCUUAUUGAUUUCUUUAACGAUGUUGGUCACAGACAGACUUCUUCCAGACCACAACUUUUUUUAAAGAAGUCACACCUCUGAUAACAUCGGACCGAUGACUUUUUUAAUAAUAUCUGACAGACUUAACGAUGACUACUAUAACGAAAUCAGAGAAACACAACAAUCCCUUCCCAACAAGGACUUUUUUUAAAUUUUAUUUAUUUAUUUAUUUUAUAUAUAAACAAAGUCUGACCGACAGCAACAGGAUUUGACCAACAACGACGACUUCUUUUACGAUGUCGAACAGAAAACAUGUUCUUUUGCAACAUCGGACCGACGCAGACUUCUUCCUAACAACAUCUUUAUUGAUUUGGGAGACAAAACAUUUUCUUACCGACAACUACCAUAAAGUCGGACAAACACCAACUUUCUUCCCGACGACGACCUAUUUAACAAAAUCAGACCAACAGCAAUAAUGUCGGACCAAUAACAGCAGCGGACCAAUAAUUUUUUUAAUGAUAUUGGACAGAAAACAACUUAUUUAAUGGUGCCGUACUGACACCAACUUCUUCCCUACGGCACAGAUAUUUUAUCAACAACAACUUAUUUAACUAUGUCGGACACAAAACUCUUAUUGAUGACGACUGUACCAAAGUCAAACAAACACCAACUUCUUCCCAAGAAUCAUGUCUUUAAAGUCAGACUGAGAGCAACAUCAUCGGACUAACAACAACACAACUUAUUUCACAAUGUCGGCCACAAGACAACUUCUUAACGACGACGAUAAUAAAGUCGGAAAAAACACCGGCUUCCUCCCAGCCACAACUUUAACGAAGUCGGUCCAACAAUGACUUUUUGAUGGUUUCAGCAUAAUGUCAUUCUUUCAUCUUGUUUUAAUAUUGAAGAAGAAUUGAAAGAGCAGCCAGUUAAAGUUUGGUAGAACAACCGCGGGCCCUUGUGGUCUUCUGCUUUGAUCGUAAGGAAUCCAACCAAUCCUCGCUGAGCACUUGCUGCCCAAAGUGAAAUGCAGGAAGCCCUUAAGUGUAGCAUCUAGCGCGUCCGAACGUUGUCGCGGACCCGCCUUCUUAUCUCGCUGUGUAAAUGCGUACCUCAAGAAAGUGUUGGCAAAUGUGUACUUUAUGGACUUUUGAUAAUUAAUGGUGUUGCUUUUGCAAGUCUUGGCAUGAUGGUUCAAAUCAGAUGUAACAAAACAAGUACUUUUGCAUCUACAUUUCCAUUUCAAAAUCAUGUUUUUCAUUUAAAGUGGUAAAUUCCAACACAUUUAAAAAUAUGAAAAACUUUGUGCCAAAAAUGAGUCUUUUAGUCAGUUAUGAUGGGGAAAAAAACCCGGUUAAGUGUUCCUUUCCUUUCAGUGUUUGUUGUUUCUCAGAAUUUGUCUCCAUAAAACUUUGGCACGUAAUACCCAACAAAUAUAAAGAAUUUCUAUAGAGGUGAUAUCGUCUUGGUUGAUUUAAAAUAGAAUUUUAAAUAAAAUCACGCCAAAUAAAAAAAGAAAAAGAAACUGAUUUUCACCAUUAUUAUUUUGAGUUUGUUAGUUUCUCUUAAAAGUGGGGCUUGUCUGAUGUAUCAGCAAAGUCGUGAGAGGCCUCUCAAUGAGUCUCGCCUGCUGUGUGAAAGCUGUGGUCCAUUUUGGUCUACAGUUCUCUGUCUUGUCUUUGUUUACAGGAGAAAAAAAAUAAAUACAAAUUUUGCAUUAUGACAAAACGCCAAUCUGUUGUAACUGCCCUUGAAUAUCUUGUCAUUUGCAUAGUGCUGCUAGAGACUGUAACAACUUAAAAUAAAUACUUACAUUUUUUCA